CCGGACCGCGCCCGCCCGGCCGCUCCCCGCCCGGCAUCCUGUUGCUCCGGGAGCGCGGCGAGCGGGGGAAGAGCAUCCGAGAGCAUCAGAGAACAUCCGAGAGCAUCUAAGAGCAUCCAAGAGCAUCUGAGAGGACCCUACCGAGGAGCCUGAGCGCCGGCCCCGCGCCGAACAAUGGCUGCGCUGCCGCGGCUGCUCUGCGCGGCCGCGCUCGCCCUGCUGCUCUGGGCUGGAUUUUGCUCCUCGGUGUGUGUGGAAGUCCCAUCUGAGACUGAGGCUGUCCAAGGCACGGACAUGAAGCUGCUCUGCAUCUCCUGCAUGAAGAGGGAAGAGGUGACAGCCAGCACGGUGGUGGAAUGGUACUACAGGCCCAACGGGGGGAAGGAUGAGCCUAUCUACGAGUACAGGAAAACCAACCACGAGUUCCCGAGCCGCUUCAGCGGGCGGAUCCAGUGGAACGGCAGCAAAGACAUGCAGGACGUGUCCAUCACCGUGGUGAACGUCACCCUCAACGACUCGGGCAUCUACACCUGCAACAUCACCCGCGAGUUCGAGUUCGAGAUCCACCGGCCGCUCUUCCAGAGCUCCAGGGUCAUCCACCUCACUGUGGUGGAGGAGGCUGGAGAAGACUUCACCUCUGUCAUCUCAGAAAUCAUGAUGUAUAUUCUGCUGGUGUUCCUCACGCUGUGGCUGCUGAUUGAGAUGAUCUAUUGCUACAGGAAGGUGUCCAAGGCAGAGGAGGCUGCCCAGGAAAACGCGACAGACUACCUUGCAAUUCCAUCGGAAAACAAGGAGAACUGUGCUGUGCCUGUGGAGGAGUAGCAGAGGGGAGGCAGCGCAGUGAGCGGCACCAAGCUCCUGUGCUAACUCCACCCUCACCCCUGUGAGCUCCAAGAGGAAUUGUCUCCCUUGCAGGGGCUCUGAAGGCAGAAGGACCACGCCACACCAGCCAGCUUUGAGGGGAGCUCUGCGCUGUCAAAGGAGGAGCAGGGGGAAGUGUAAAUUCUCUCCCAUUUGGACUCUGUACAGCCUUGACUUUGGUCCUGUGACCCACCUGAGCUGCCAGCCCACUGCUGAAGGACUCCUCUGUGGAAGCAUGCUGAGCAAAUGGGCGUGGGCAGCACGGCUCCUCCCCGACUCUCAGUCCCCCCAUCACCUCAAUGGCUUUGUAAAUGUCACCUGUCACUCCUUAGCUGCUCUCACCACCACCUUUAUUUGCUAAAUGUGCUACUUCUCCACUGCAGAGGUUAAGGGUAUGUACGGCACGCUGCUCUGAGCUGCAGGAGUGUGAACAAGGAUCUCUUAGGGGGUUAUUCCACCACACACUGUGGCCCAAGCGGUUUUCUUGGUGUUAAAACAGGGAGAAUUUAAUGAAUUAAUGGAGUCACUCUGAAUUUAGAAUUUAGGCUGUCCAUGCACAAGCAGAGUAGGGUGAGGACUGUAACGCACUAAACUUGGAAAUGUAUAAUAGGGAGAACAGGUCUCUGUCAUGUUCACACUUUGGAGGAAAUUGAGAAUACAGAGCACGAAGUAUUCCUGCUUUGGGAAGCAGGAUGGUGUAAAUAUAAGAAACCCCUGUGUCCCUGUCAUUUAUCAAAGUGUCAAAGCCCUCAUUCCACCUGCCCGGCACAGCAGGAGGAACCUGACACACCUGGCAAGGCAGCAGGACAAGGUACUGAUCCACCUUUUCCCGGGAAACCCCAAAAAGGAAGGCAGCCCCAUGCUGGUAGGCAGGAGAAAUAAAUAGGAUGCAAAGCCCUCACAGCUGAGUAAAAUGGUUGUAGUUUUGUAACUGUGAUGGUUCUCUGGUGCUGUAGCAGCACCGUCUAGAGGGAUAGACAGAAAACAGCGACUUUUCCCACUAAUCCUAAUUCCCUCUUGAGGUAAUUAAUCACCAGUAUAAAUAGUCUGGAUUAAUCCUAAAUGAUCUUCUGGUGCCCAGGCAUCACCCUGCAAAUUCCAUCUUUCCUAUGUAAACUUACCUUUUCUGAGGGUUAAGCAGAAUAAAAAUUGUUUUCUGCCCUUCAGUGCAGCUCAGUCGAGCUCAACAGCUGGGAUUGGAAGGGAGGAAAAGGCAGAACCAUUGGCCAGGGUGGAAUGGUGCUGUAAAACCAGGUGGGGAAGGUUUGGGUUUGUUGCAUGGCAGAGCUGUGACAUCCCUGCUGCAGUGGAGCCUGUGCUGCUUUGUUGACAACCGAGUUGACAAAUUCUGCUCCAUUUGUGAAGUGGCUCCAAGUGCUCGUGACUCCAGGCAUGCUCCCCACCCACCCACGGGAUCCCCUCUGCUUUGCCCUGCUGCUUUUUAUGUGCUGGCUAAAAAUCACAGGAGUUACCCCAUUUGUAAGGCAGGCUCGGGCCAAUUUCCAACUGGAACUUGUUCAAAACCCUUUUAUUAGAGUGGGUGUCAACUUUAGCCAACUACUCCAGUGCAAUCUUGGUAGUAGGAUUGCUCCCAAACCCGGAGCCAAGCCUGGCAAGGGGAGCACAUUUUUUAGAUGAAGCACAAUCACAGCCUGGGCACCAGUUCCAAAAUCCUGAUAUCCAAAAGGAACAUCCAAAAGGGAUAUCCAAAAAGGACAUCCAAAAGGAACACCCAAAAGGGAUAUCCAAAAAGGACAUCCAAAAGGAACACCCAAAAGGGAUAUCCAGGAAUAUUCAGCUAGAUGCCAUCUUUUUCCCUAUCCCAGUUUGCCUGGCAGAACCCUGAACUCAACAGAGGAGGGACUGAGUUGUAACUCUGGGGUUUCCAGCACUGCCCAUGGCUCUGAGCCCAUUUUAGGUGAAUUUCAGGACACAACUCCAGCUCUGCUCCUCAGUCCCUGUGAGCCACAGACAACCCUCUGGUGUCAUACUGUUAAAUCAAAGCAGGAGUGAACCCAAGAACUUCUUGAGAGCUACCUCAGGUGGUAAAGAAGGGCCGUCCCUUUGUCCUGCACCUCCCUGAGUCCCACAGGCAUCUUCUGGAUGCUUUUUUUUUGGACAAAUCUUUCACUUUUCCAGUUCCUGCAGACAGAGGUGACAUUGCCACGUGGUGUUCCAAGCAGGAGGAAACGGGGUGCAAAGUUCUGCGCAAGAAUCUCGCAGGGAAAAAGGAAUAAUAAUUUUAAAAUUGGUGAUUCUUCAAGACCUGGAAGAGAUGGUCCUGACAAAGACUUUGUGUGUGAUGGAAUGAGCAAGGAGACUCUGGAACAGGCAGGACAAUAAAAAGAACCAAGAGCCAC